GGAGCCUCACCAGUCGGAGUUGGCUGUCCAGAGGCAAAGAAGCGCGCGAGAGCCAUCCUCUCAGACUAGAAGCGGAGGAACCGCGUUCGGAGGAGCCAAGUUGCCCUCGUGCGCACGUUCCCGUCUCCCACUUCUUUACGCGUGCAGGGGACGCUGGUCGUGUUUUUGGAGCGUUUGGACCAUUUGAGCGCGCGGAGACAAGCUGGAUGUAGACGAAGACAAGCUGCUGGUGGUGGCAGCGCGAGCUCAGUUUCUGUGAAGUCGCGAGGAGCGCGCAGGACUCUGCGUUUGGGUUUUUAUAGUUUAUCAUCAGAGCGGCUGAAACUGACAACAAAUCGGUGGAUUUUUUUUUACAAGUUUUUGGUGAUUAAAGGUUUUAUUCUGAUAAAAUUUGGUGGACAUCUGGGAACCUGAAGACUAGAGUUUCUGCCAAAACUGAUUCACUAAGGUCUGAGAAGAGGAGUUGUUGGACCCCUCUUUGCCUUUUUUGCGGCAUCUUUGGCCGCCCGGACAGCAUGCAGAUGGUGGAGGAUGGUGCCUGAGUUGGAGUCGGCCCUUGCGGAUCUGCGUCGGACCUCUCCGUCCAGAGGAAUGACGGCUCUGUGGUGCUCAUUCUGGCUUUCCCUCCUGCUGCCUCUCAGUGUCUCAGCGGUUAGACUUCCCACUGCUCAGCCCACAGACUCAGUAUCCAGUGAAGCAGCGUUUCUGGAGAACUUUGUCUUGGGCACAGGGGAGACUCUGGAGAUGUCCUGCAACCCGGAGGACCCCUCCAAGCCUGUUGUCUGGUUCAAAGACGCCGUCGGACUGGUGUCUGGCAACAGGACGCGAGUCAUCCAACGGACUUUACGCAUCAUCAAUGUGUCGUAUGAGGACUCUGGAGUCUAUACGUGCCGGUUGGCCCAUACCAACGCCCUGCUCAACAAUUACACCAUCAAGGUGACAGAUUCUCUGUCGUCCGGUGAUGAUGAAGACUAUGAUGAAGAUCCAGUUGAAGCAGGUAAUGGAAAUGGGGCUCCAUAUUGGACCAGACCCGACCGGAUGGACAAGAAGCUCCUGGCCGUUCCUGCAGCCAACACUGUCAAGUUCCGCUGUGCUGCAGAGGGAAAUCCAAUGCCGACCAUCCACUGGCUUAAGAACGGCAAAGAGUUCAAGGGCGAAGAGCGAAUGGGAGGCAUCAAGCUCAGACAUCAGCAGUGGAGCUUGGUGAUGGAAAGUGCUGUUCCGUCUGAUCGGGGAAACUAUACCUGUGUGGUGCAGAACAAGCACGGCACUAUAAGCCACACCUAUCAGCUGGAUGUUUUAGAGCGAUCACCUCACAGGCCAAUUCUGCAGGCCGGCCUGCCAGCCAAUCAGACAGUGGUGGUGGGCAGCAACGUGGAGUUUCACUGUAAGGUUUAUAGUGACGCUCAGCCGCACAUCCAAUGGCUCAAACACAUCGAGGUGAACGGCAGCCGCUACGGUCCUGACGGCGCUCCCUAUGUGAACGUACUAAAGAGUAAUGUCAGUAAACACAAAGUGACUCACAGUAGACUGAAACUGUCCAACGUGACAGAUAAAGAUGCUGGGAAGUACUGGCUUCGUGCUUCAAACUUUGUAGGCACGUCGGAAAAAGCUUUCUGGCUUAUGGUACACAAACCAGCAGUGAACUCAAGCAAAGAUGACUACUACGCCGACAUCCUCAUCUACCUGACGGGCUGCGUGCUCUUCGUCUUCGCCGUAGUUAUCGUCUUCCUCUGCCGCAUGAGGAUGACCACGCAGAAGACUCUUCCCACACCUCCUGUGCAGAAACUGUCAAAGUUCCCCCUUAAGAGACAGGUAACAGUUUCCUUGGAUUCUAACUCCUCCAUGAACUCAAACACCCCUCUGGUCCGGAUUGCUCGGCUGUCAUCUAGUGAUGGGCCCAUGUUGGCCAACGUCUCAGAGCUGGAGCUGCCCUCCGACCCUAAAUGGGAGUUUCCCCGUACAAGGUUAACUCUGGGUAAACCUCUGGGGGAAGGCUGCUUUGGUCAGGUGGUCAUGGCAGAGGCCGUCGGCAUUGACAAGGAGAAGCCCAACAAGCCUCUGACCGUUGCUGUGAAGAUGCUAAAAGAUGAUGCAACAGAUAAAGAUUUGUCAGAUUUGGUGUCAGAGAUGGAGAUGAUGAAGAUGAUAGGCAAACACAAGAACAUCAUCAACCUGUUGGGAGCAUGCACUCAAGAUGGUCCUCUCUACGUCUUGGUUGAGUAUGCUUCAAAGGGGAACCUGAGGGAGUACCUCAGGGCAAGGCGUCCUCCGGGCAUGGAUUACUCCUUUGACACCUGCAAGAUCCCUGACGAGCAGCUCACGUUUAAAGACCUGGUGUCCUGUGCCUAUCAGGUCGCCCGAGGCAUGGAGUAUCUGGCCUCGCAGAAGUGUAUCCACAGAGAUCUGGCAGCCAGAAACGUUCUUGUGACGGACGACAACGUCAUGAAAAUUGCCGACUUCGGUCUCGCCAGAGACGUGCACAACAUAGACUACUACAAAAAGACCACAAAUGUACGUUUUCAUAAUAAUUUCAUCUUUAUAUUAUUGGAUUUAGCUGUCGCUGCAUUUCUGCUACAGCAGAUUACAUUGUAGAAUACAAAGUGGCAC